ACUUCUUUCCAGUUCAGAAAUAAAAUUGUCAUAAAAUGGGUGGACCACGAUUAGAAAUUAUGAAGUUUGGCGUGUACGUCUUUUUCCCUGUUGGCAUCAUGCUUUACUUUGGUGGACCCGAAUUUUAUGAUAAUUAUGUCAAGGGGAUCAAAUUUUGGCCCGAUAUCAACACAACCUACAGACCUCCUACCACUUCUGAAGAGGUGAAGGAAGCUUUAGAGAAAAUGAAGUCUGACAGAGAGGAUCGUUGGAGAAAGGCGUUCCAAGAAAAGAAGAAUGCAAAGGCAGCAGAAGCAGCGGCAGCAGCAACUGAUAGCACUCGUACUGAAUAAAUUUGGGAGGAGGUUUAUUGAUAAUUAUGAUUUA